AGCAUGUGAUAUAUAAUAGGUAGAUGUUUCUAUAUUUCCCGUGAAUACACAACAAUCGCUCAAUGAGCAAGAUUUGCCAUAAAGCAGUAAGCUUUAUCAAUCAAACAUGCCGGGCACCUUCAUUUUUAUCCGAAAUUGAAUCACUUUUGGUUAUCGGAAACCUACAUUCUGCUAUAAAUCUUGCACUCUCACACCCAGUACACUUCCAUCAUCCACCAUAUAUAAAGCUUUUACAGCUUUGUAUCGAUAAAAAUGAGUAUAACCAAGCCCGUUUACUACACCACCAUCUAUAUGCGAGCAGGUUUCAAAAAAAUGUACAUAUAAACACCAAAUUAGUAAUCUUGUAUUCAAAAUCAGGUGACAUGAAAGACGCCCGUCAAGUGUUUGAUGGAAUGUCUGAGAGAAGUGUUGUUUCUUGGACUGCAUUGUUAUCUGGGUAUUCUCAGAAUGGGUAUGAUGAGGAAGCGGUUAAAGUGUUUGUUGGUAUGCGGAGAGAGGGUGUUAAGGGUAAUCAGUUUACGUAUGGGAGUGUUUUGAGUGCGUGUACGAGGUUGGGUUGUUUAGACUAUGGGAUGCAGAUACAAGGUUGUGUUCAAAAAAGUAGGUUUAUUGAUAACUUGUUUUUGCAAUGUGCAUUGGUUGCAUUGCAUUCGAAAUGUGGAAAGAUGGCGGAUGCUUGUUAUGUCUUUGAUUUGAUGUCGAAUAAGGACCUGGUUUCUUGGAAUUCUAUGGUUAGCGGGUUCGCUGGCCGUGGGUUUAGCAAUGAUGCCAUUGUAAUGUUUCGUUUGAUGCUUAGAGAUGGUAUGUCUCCUGACAACUUUACACUGGCUAGUAUUCUGAUGGCUUGUGCUAAGGCUAAAGAUCUUUUGAAUGUCUGUCAGCUACAUGGGUUUGUUUUGAAGUCGGGUUUUGGAUCAUAUAAUAGUCUGAACGGUUCACUGAUUAACGCCUAUGCAAAGAGCGGAAGUGUGAAAAGUGCAGAUCAGAUAUACAAAUGCAUGAGUGAAAAAGAUGUAAUAUCCUGCACCGCGUUAAUUACAGGAUAUGCUCAUGAAGGUAGUAAUAGCAUAGAUGCUGUGAAACUCUUCAGCGAGUUGCGUCAAUUAGUUAUGAAUCUUGACAAUGUGAUAUUAUGCUCCAUGGUCAAUAUAUGUGCCAACAUGGCAUCAUUGGGCCUUGGAAGACAGAUACAUGCUCUUUCUUUAAAAUGUUUGGCCUGCCAUGACAUACCCAUGAGCAAUGCUCUUAUAGACAUGUACUCAAAAUGUGGUGAAAUCAUAGACGGAUGUCAUGUGUUUGAUGAAAUGAAGGAGAAAAAUGUUAUCUCAUGGACUUCAUUAAUCGAUGCAUACGGGAAACAUGGUUACGGGUAUAAUGCAAUUGCGCUAUACCAAAAGAUGGUUGAUCAAGGGUUGGAACCAAACGAUAUUACCUUCUUAUCACUUCUUUUUUCGUGUAGCCAUAGUGGUUUGACGGCACAAGGACAAGAAUGCUUUGAUAGUAUGGUUAGUAAGUAUAACAUAGUACCUCAAGCUAAGCAUUAUUCAUGUAUGGUUGAUUUAUUAGCUCGUGGAGGAAAGAUAGAAGAAGCUUAUCAUUUGAUACACAAUAUGCAUAUGAAGCCUAAUGCCUCGGUUUGGGGUGCGAUUCUAGGGGCAUGUAGUGCAUACGGCAAUGUUGCAAUAGGAAAAGUAGCUGCUAGGCAUCUCUUUGAUUUGGACCCUGGGAAUCCAGUCAACUAUGUGGUAAUGGCUAGCAUCUAUGCGGCUGCUGGCAUGUGGGAUGGGGCACAGGACACAAGAAACUUAAUGGAAGUCAAUAACUUAAAAAAGCAAUCAGGACUUAGUUUUUCUCAAUCCACAAGCAAGAGGCUUUUGCCUCCCUGAUCAAGCUAAAAACUAUCUUGUAAUACCGGCUGGCUAGUGAAGUGUUAUUUCGCUUACUUGAAGUUGGUUGAUUAGAUUUUUGAUUUUUAACUCAUGGUUUUAUGAGUUUUAAAAGAAACCCUUUCAACCGCAGUAACAUGACAUCAAGUGUGGUGGGAUCUACAACUUCAUUUUCAACGCAGUCUGUCAGCUGACGAGCUUGUUGUUUCCGACUUUCCGUUGAUCGGCUUCAUGUCAGUCUACGUGAACCUGAUUUGAAGAUAAUAGUUAUAGUUUACAGGUAAAAUGAAACAAAACCUUAUGUAAAAUGAUUAUACAAUGUAUCGAAAUCGAUGCAAUGAUUGUUUUUUCACCGAAUUUCGUACAAUUUAUCUAGAAGUUUUUCAUA